ACACUUAGCCAUAUAUAGGAGCUGCGCCCUGAGCCUGUGAACAGGUUGUUCAAGUUCGGCAGAACACAACCACUGAAAAAGCCAUCAUGACCACGGCAGAGGUGACCGGGUGCGAUGCAUCUAUCAUGAAAAAUGUGUGGGAGAUCAGACUCAGAGAGCAGACUCAGAAAAUACAGUUGGAGCAGGAAAGAUUGGAGAAGAGCGCUCUGGAGACAAUCAAUAAAGACUGGCAGAAACGUAUGACAUCGAAUCAGAAGUAUCCCAAAAGGUUGGAGAGCAAACCGAAGCCGGUAGAAACCUUGGAGCCUGUUCAGCCUUACAAGAACAGACACAUGGGUGCAGACACUGGCAGAGGCACUAGAUACCUUGGUUCUCAGAACCAAAGAGCCAGCCCUGCCACAGUCAACAAAAGCCUGUUAAAAAGUGACAAGAUUCAAAGGCUGAUCGCUCUGGCCAGCAGUCAACCAAGUGCAAUGAUUUGGUCCAAGUCAUGGAAAUUCUCCAAGUCGCUGCCCCAACCAGAAGAAGGCAGUACACCACCACCAGACUGGGGUAAAUCUUGGCAAUUUAUGACCCUCCAGCCCCAUAUUGAUGGCAAACCAUGGACUGAGGAAAACAGCCCCACAUCUCACCACGAAAAUCACAGUAUAUGGCAGAAGCCAAUGAGGAUGUUGGACUCGCAAGACUUUGAGCAAAGCCUGCAUUCACCAGAAUGGGGAAAGUCCUGGAAAUAUACGAAGCCCGAAAGCGAUCUGAAAUCAGGAACUAAGGAUGAGGCUAACAAGGAAGCUGGGUUGCAUAGUUCGAAAAGCAGAAUAUUAGAAAUGCUUGUUGAAUCACAACACCACAAUGAGGCAUUGUCUUCAUCAGAGUGGAAUGAAUCUUGGAAGUCAACAAAACCCCCGAAAGAUGGGGAGGCCCACACUAAUGCACCCACAAAUGGCCCUUUCAAUGAGCCUAAGAAUGAUCUGAAGAAGGAUGGGAAAUCAGGAUCCCAAAGUAUAGAGUGUUGGAAGUUUAUAAACCGCCAGCUUCAUGUCACUGAUAACUCCAAAGAAACAUCACACAACCCAGAGUGGGCGGACUCAUGGAGAGCUGCGAAGAUGGUGUCAAACAAUAACAAAAAGGCCAAGUCUCCCGAACAUUUUGAAUAUGGCGAGAGAAAGGAUUCCAACCACGACCACCAGGUCAUUAUAUUUGUUUCACGCGAGCACAAAUACAGAGACCUCUUACGUGCUCAAUUAUGUGAUGAAAGCAAGCCUACGUCUGAAUGGGAAAAGUCCUGGAAGACAACAAAGAAUCUCUCAAAACCAAGUGCAGAGGCAACCUUGAAGGCAGAGGAACCGAAGGAAAAGUCCAUGGCUCAGAAUCAAAAGGUUGGGAUGUCCAAGGAAAAUGAUGAAAAUAUGGCAGGGGUGCAGCAGGGCAUGUGUAAACCAACCAUUAUGUCAAAAAUGACCAAAUACAGAAAUCUCAUGAGUCGUCUUUUGAUAGAUGACAUGCCCUAUGAGUGGAAUGAGGCCUGGAAAUUCACGAAACCUCAGUCGUCCAAGGAGACAGUGCAGUGGUUAACUACUGGAAUGGCAGAUGCCUCCAUGGUACUGAAACAACACAUGAAGAAAAGAUCAUUGACCGAUUGGUCAGAAUCCUGGAAAUGUGCUACACCUCACUCCCGCCAUGCAAUGCCCUCUGUGACUGAAUGGAAAGAGUCCUGGUUUUCGAGAUAUCAACCACACGCAAGACGAGAACACUGGAUCAAGGAAGCUGGGCUUAAGGAAUUUGACAAGCAACAUCCCAAAUAUGAGGUUUUCAACCUGCCCAAGAGGGCUUCAGCUGAAAAGAUGUUUUAUCACAUGCAGGAUGGGGAAAAGGGAAUGGGAAGUGCAGAAUGGAAGGAUUCGUGGAAGUCUCUGAAGCAUCAAAUGCAACUGGAGCGGAUGAGAACAAGGCCUCACAGAUCCAGGCCUUUCAGAGAACCGGCCAGAGAGGAAAGACCUGUGUCAGAAUGGGCCACCUCUUGGAGAUUCACGAAUCUAACGCUGAAUCAAGAGAGCGAUCUGUGGCAGCAGGGGUGGUCUAACAUGCCACCUAUCCGACCCAACAGGAACACGGAGCAAUACAACGUCAUGCCUGAGGAGGUCCCACUCAAUGGACCAAUAGCAGCAAGGGGUUGGGGUGAGUCCUGGAGAUCUUCCAGACGCCACCAUCGCAGUGUGGUAGACCAGCCAAGACCAUCUACCCAACAUGUAGAAGCACAGCCCCCUAGGAGAAGGAGGUCUGGGGCUGACUGGGAGGAGUCCUGGAUGGUUUCUAACACAGAGUUCCACCAUGACAGACCUUCCAUGACUGAGUGGACCGACUCCUGGAGAUGUGCUGUCUUCCACACUGAUAUCUCAGGGCAGGAACAGCCAAGACAGAACUGGCUCGACGAAUCGAUGGAAAUCCAACCAAGGAAAGAAAAGCGCCAAGUGCCAAGAACCAUGACCCACAUGAGCCGAUCUUUUGAUUCUCAGGUCUUCAAAGAGAGGUAUCCUCAAACCCAGUGGAAUGAGUCUUGGAAGGCAGAAACACUUCAACAUCACCACCAGAAAACCAACUACGCCAUGGAAACAGCCAAAUCCUCAUUAUUCCACCUAAACAACACCAAUCCAUCUACACCAGACUGGAAAAACUCAUGGAAAUUUGUGUGUAUGCAUUUAAAUCAGAAAAAAGAAUCUUGGGAUAAGGAACGUGCCAUGUUCCAUUCAGAAAAGAAAUCACAGGCACUUAUGGAUUAUGAUCAGGAUAUGAAUAAUUUCCAGCCUCAAAUGAGCAGUCCCGCAGCCAAGUGGGGAAAGUCAUGGAAAAUGGCCAAUCCCAUGCCAAAUGCAGAGAAAGGAUCUUGGAUACACAGCCAUGCAAACCAGUCUCAAUAUGUGGUCCUGUGGUCAAGAAGCAACAGCGUGAAGUCGCUUUACACAAGUCUUAAAGAAACAGCCACUUUAAGACUGUGGGGAAAAUCAUGGAGAUUCUUGAAGAUUGAGGGUAAAGGAGUUUCAAAGGCUGGUAAAGGAAAGUCGAAUGGCUCUAAUGGAUUGGUGAUUGGUACUCAGAAAAUCAAAACAAGGAAGCACAUAUAUAGUCAAAUAGAUAAGGACAAGCCUGCUGAACGGAAGUGGACUGACUGCCAUAAGAUAACAAAAACUCAGCCACGCCCAAAGAGAGAUUCUUUUAUGAAAAUGCCCAAGGCGGUAAUAAAGGAAGAUUCCGAAUUUACACAGCAGUGGGCCGAAUCUUGGCGGUUCUCAGACCAACCAGUGAAACAGAAGACGGAGGUAACUGUGACUCUCUCUACCUGGGGAGAAUCCUGGAAGUUCCUGAUUGCACCUUAUCCACAACAGAAUGGACCCAAGUCCAAGUAAGACAGCAGACAUGAAUGCAGGGCUUGACAAGGAGUUGAUGAACACUUUUUAUGAUUCGCUAACAUAUCAGUAGCAAGAAUAAUUGUCGCCAUCAUCUACCACACACGCACAUGGCACACACAUACACACAUACUGAAUGACAUGCUAUAGUAAAUGAAGGUGGAUUGAAGGAAAAUAUUUGCAGGUUGAGUACAGAUGGUUUGAAAAGGUCUGGGUGAUUUUCAGUGGGAAUGCCGUCUAGGUAUUUAGCAAAGCUAAAUAGAAUUGUAAUCAUACUUCUAGCUGAAUGCAAUUUAGUUUAGAAAAUGUUUACAAUCAACAGGUUCUUUUUUGAAUAAAUAAAUAACGUUUUGUCAUUUUA